GGCCGCCUCCCACUUCCAGUUGUCAGCGGACAGAGCGGCAGCCAGCCGGAAGCGCUGGGAGUCAGCUGCAGGCUUUUAAAACAUUAAAAUUCAGCGAUCUGCGGCAUUGCAGCGCUGCUUUUUUUCUCCCCUUUCGGAGUAACUGAACGUUUCCGUACAUUUUCACUUUUGGAGGAGAAGGAAAGUAAAGUGGGGGAAACGUGUUUUAAUGUGGCGGAUCCUAAAUUGGGUGCGUAUUGGGAUGGUGCGGGCACUUUAGAGAGCAUUGGUAUUUUCUGAAGAUAAGUCAUUAUUUUUAAUAGUCGCCUUUUUCUUAGUGAAACAAUAGCUUAGUGAAAUCAACUCGCUGUCGUGUUGGAAGCGAGACGGUGGCAGCCUGGGCGUGCUGCGCUCAGGCGCAUAUGGGGUACGGGCUUGAGGAAGGAAAGGGGGUGACUGAUGGUGUCUAGGGGAAGUGCGGAUUGCUGCAAAACUAGCUAGCUAGGACAGAAAAUAAGUUAGUUAUCAUUAAUCUGAGUUUUUAAUUGCAGCACACAAGCAUCAGCACAGCACGAUAGGGCAUUCAUUUUGGCGGAGAAGAAUGCUUGGGUUUUAAGAAGAUCCAUUAUUAUUAUUGAUAUUAGUAUUUAUUGUCUUGUGUGGUUUUUAAGAGCGCGUCACGGUUCGCACUGGCCGCAGUUAGUUAUAAGGCGGACGGUUAAUUCUAAGGCGUAUCGCUGAGUGUGCGGCCAGAUUGAUCGGCAUGGCUUCGGCGAGCAGUAUCUGCGCCUCCAUCGCCAGCAAGACCAAGACCAAGAAGAAGCAUUUCGUGGCUCAGAAAGUGAAGCUCUUCCGUGCCAGCGACCCGCUACUCAGCGUCCUCAUGUGGGGAGUCAAUCACUCGAUCAUCGAGCUGAGUCACAUCCAGAUCCCCAUCAUGCUCAUGCCAGAUGAUUUCAAAGCCUACGCCAAGAUCAGGGUGGACAACCACCUCUUCAACAAGGAAAAUAUGCCUAGUCACUUCAAAUUUAAGGAAUACUGUCCCCUCGUCUUCCGUAAUCUCAGAGAAAAGUUCCUGAUUGACGACCAAGAUUUUCAGAAUUCCCUGACGCGGAGCGCGCCCAUUCCCAGUGACGCCCAGGGCCGGAGCGGGGCUCGCUUCCACACCACGUACGACAAGCGGUACGUCAUCAAGGCCAUCACCAGCGAGGACGUGGCUGAGAUGCACAACAUCCUCAAGAAGUACCACCAGUUCAUCGUAGAGUGCCAUGGCAACACGUUGCUACCCCAGUUCCUUGGCAUGUACCGCCUCACGGUGGACGGGGAUGAGACCUACAUGAUCGUCACACACAACGUGUUCAGCAGCCGACUGGGAGUCUUCAAAAAAUACGACUUGAAGGGUUCCACGGUUGCCAGAGAAGCAAGUGACAAGGAAAAGGCCAAAGAACUCCCAACAUACAAAGACAAUGACUUCAUCAACGACGGACAGAAGGUGUACAUCGACGAAAACAGCAAGAAGAUGUUCCUGGAGAAGCUGAAAAGGGAUGUGGAGUUCCUGGCCCAGCUGAAGCUGAUGGACUACAGCCUUCUAGUGGGCAUCCAUGACAUAGAGCGGGCGGAACAGGAGGAGGUGGAGAUCGAGGACAACGAUGGGGAGGAGGAGGGGGAGAGCGACGGCGGGCUCGUCAGCACCCCCCCGGACAGCCCCAGCAACACCCUAGACAACAACAGGGUGUUCGGCACUGGGGAGUUCGACCCCAACAUCGACGUUUACGCGCUGAGGAGCCAUGAUAAUGCCCCGAGGAAGGAGGUGUAUUUCAUGGGGAUCAUCGACAUCCUGACGCACUAUGACGCGAAGAAGAAGGCGGCGCACGCGGCCAAGACAGUCAAGCAUGGGGCGAGGGCUGAGAUCUCCACGGUCAACCCAGAGCAGUACUCCAAGAGAUUCUACGACUUCAUCACCACAAUCCUUUCGUAGCCUCGGCGGAGAGGGCAGGGUUGGGGGGGUGGGGCAGAUGGUCUGGGAGAUCUGGGAAAUGCACAUACAGUUCACCAGUGGGGGGAUUUUCUCUCUGGACGACUGCAGUCGCCAUUUGUUUACAUUUUUUUUUCUGGGAUUGGAAGCAGUAUUUCCCCACCCCCCAUGUUGGUGUUCGUUCAUCAUUUUCUCCAGUAUCCCAGCUGUGUGUGAAUUCUGUUACGUUUGUUCUGCUUCAGCAGUGAAAUAAGAGAUUGGCCUUGGAGGGUGGUAGAGGGAGGAGUGCAAUGGCGGGAACCAGGAUUUUUAGUGGGGAACUGGACAGAGCAACAUAAUGUUGGAGAUAUUGUAGUGGUCAGUCAGGAGGGGACCUCCGACCCGCAUAACUACGAUGCUCCUGUGAUGCUCUCCUCCUCUCCUCCACCAGUGCUGUAAUAUCAAGUGACGCUUGUUGAGUGAUAUUGUGUGGUCUCUAGUGGUGAAACGUCUACAAAGAAAGUCCUUAACCCACUUCCAGUGGCUUCGCGUAGCUCCUGCUCGUUCCCGGUGGUCUGCGUUCCUGGGAUGACCAGAGGUCCGGCAGGCAGAAUCUGCAGCACUUUGGGAUAACUUGCUCUGGACCACUGUGAGAAAGAUGUUUACUCUGGUAGAAUCAACACAGAAUACAUCUCUCUCUCUUUUUUUUGUGCGCUAUGAUAAAUGGCUUUCAGCAAGAUGACUGAAUUUGUAGCCCUACCCCCACAAGACAGAGAAACUCUUUCUUCUAGUGUUGCAGCAUGGAGCCGUCUUGCUCUCUGUAGACUGAAUGAACACUUUGCUUUUGUGUGUGUGUGCGUGUGUGUGUGUGCGCGCGCGCAUGUGUAUGUGUUGCACAAGUACAAUCCCAGCCGGUCAACUUCAUUUUACAUCUGGCUUUGUUUUGAGUUUUAUACAUAAAGUAUUUUACGAUACAUUCAGCAGUUUAGAGGCCACAUGUUUUAUAUGUUUGACCCAGGGCCUUAAUCGAUUACUAAUUGAUUUAUUAUUAAUUUAAUUGUCCGGUGAUCAUUUCAAGGACAUACUGACCCUUAAGGGGAAAGACUGAAAAUGAAAAGAAACCCGCAAUUUGUAUAUUUGCACAUGAAAAAAGUCACAAACCUUUUAUGCACCCGAGUUAUCAUUUAUGAAGGGAACUGCAAACAGCAUCUGUUAUAUAAAUAUUUUUGCGAUCGUGCAAGACGUCCAGUAACAGGCUACAAGUUAAAUAUGCUGUAUCCUUAACCCUGUUCGGGAGCUUCCACAUGGUAGCUAUGUUUGUGUAGAUAUAUAGAGUAUAAAUACGGAUAUAUUUUUACAUUACUUUUUAAUCAAAAACAAAACAAAAAAAAAAGAUAUGCAAGAAUUUUUAAAGUACCUUGUAGCGUAAGCUCAAAGGUUGUGCUAAAAUGAAGGAUGUUAUUGUAUUAAUUUGUCCCAAUCCCUAAGUAUUGUAUGUUGUCUGUAAUCCACAUUUCAUCUUGUGCUUAUAAUGCAAAUGCAUUUGCUUGUUAUUAAUUUCCGUAAGCGACAGUAUUAGCACGCUUGACGCGUUCUCUUUAGAGUACAGGGUCCAAUAAAAGAUCAAAUGUUUUAUAAUGUGUUUUUAAUGUAUGCAGUACACUGUGCGAGAGGCGUGCCUUUUCCUUCCGAUUUUAGUUUUAUUUUCUGAAAAGCGAUUAUUUCAGAAUGGAUUUAAACUAUGAAGCCAUUCACGCGCAGUUUUUUAAUACGUCAGUGAUUCACCGUAAGUCAUAAUUGGUUUUAAUAACGGGAAGCCAUCGGUUACAUUCUCUUUGGAGACUGGCUUGCUUUGCAACACUGCCCAAUAAAUAUGGUGCCGGGCAUUGCUGUGUUUUACUCCUGUCCUUCUAGAAAUCAGUAUUACAUUUACUUUUUUUAAGUAGCUGGUCAUAUUAAGGUGAUCAACGCGAGGGUGAGUUUGUCCUCUGUUACCUACUGACCGAUUUCAGGCAAAUGGACAUUAAACCACGAUCCCGCGAGCUGUUCAUUAUUUGAACAACGUGUAAUGGGAGUUGUUUUACUAUGUAUUAACGUUUUAAUAUUUGUAUCCUACGAUCAGGUUGUUCGACAUUUUCAGGCCAUGAUGGAAUUUGUUUUCUUGGUCGGUUUGGAUGACGUCACCUGACCUGUUUCUCAGACGUCUUCUACAGCUUGUGGCGUGUUUUAGUUGCUUAUUAAUUUUGCCAAAAAGACUGAUGACCGAUGUUACCUGGCUUAAUUUAGCUUUGUCUGUUCGUUAAAUUACAAAGCAAACUUGAGAAAGAAUGUACAGCUUAUUUAAAAUAUUGAAAAAAUGUUUUUUUUUUUUUUUUUAAUUCUAAUCAAUGAUUGUGUUUAUAAAAGCGAAUGUGCGCGUGUGUGUUUUUUUUUUAACCUACAAGAUAAAGCUUCGGUGAGGCAAGUAUGUUGUGACUGAAAUACUUUAAAAUGGUAAAAAUCAUUUGUAUAAGAAUAACUUGCUCAGUGCUUAUGCAUAUUUGUCUGCCGAUCGUUUCGUAUUUGUACUUUAAGAGUAAGGCUGCCUGUUGUACGCUGUUGUACUAAUGUAAAAUACCCCCCAUCACAUAACAAAGCUCAAUAAAACUAAGUACGUUGUCUGUCUUUA